UUAUUUUCUUUUGUUUUCGUUUGGUUUUAGAGAGCGGGGAGGCGAGGUUAGAGGGGCGGGGAGCCAGGGCGAUCUUGUCGGAUCGGCAAGAGGAGCUGGUUUCUCAGGGGUCAUGGGUAGGGAAAUUGCUUGUGUUGUGGAGGAUCCAAAUGAUCUUGAAAUGGUUUUAAAUGGUGUUUCUCAUGACAAAGUUCAUGAUUCCUCCAAAACUUCAGAAGAAAGUAUUGAUUUGGAGGAAUUCGAGGAUAAUGAAUCGAGUGAGGAGAAUUCGUUAGAUGAAAAUCGUCAAGAAACGCUGGACGGUGUUCUAGCCAUCAAAACCACAAUCAUUGAUGCUAGUGUGCCUAUACCUGUCCCUUUGCUUGCUCCCGCAUCCGAGCUUGAACCUAAACCUGAACCUGAGCCUGAGCCUGAACUUGUGCCCGUGCCCCUGCUUGUUCCUGAGGAGAAGAAGAAGGAGGAGCGAACUGUUGCACAGAAAAUCAGUGACUUCAAUAAGUCUAUCUCGCCUGGGACUAUAGCUGUUACUCCGAAAAUCGUGCGGGUGAACCACAAGAUUCAACAACCAACUGUUCAGGUACAGAGAAAAGGAGCAAUGUACGCACAAACCAUUGAGACCGAACGUGCUCCAACUCCAACAACCGUCGUCGAUGUUUCGUCGAAUGCCAUCACAUCAAACUCGAAGUCUCCCGGCCCAAAAGAGAAUUCAUUACCAAACUCGCCGCGACCAUCAUGGAAAUCUUCACAGAACGAUCUUAAGAAAAAUCACGAAGAACAGCCAAACUCGCCUCAAACAUCAUCGAAAUCUUCACAUAUUUAUCUUAAGAAACAUCAUGGAGAAGAAGAACAUUGGUCUACCGCUGCCUCUACCUUCGCAUCAAUUCGACAGCUCAAAUCUAAAGUUACUAUCGGAACAGCUCCCACAUUUCAAUCAGCCAAACGUGCUGAUAAAAGGAAGGAGUACUACAACAAGUUGGAGGAGAAACACAAAGCUUUGGAGGCCGAGAGAAUCGAAUACGAAGCACGAAUUAAGGAAGAGCAACAAGCAGCAAUCAAAGAGCUUAGGAAGGGAUUAGUGAUCAAAGCUAAACCAGUGCCUAGUUUUUAUUAUGAAGGACCACCACCUAAGGUUGAACUCAAAAAGUUGCCAUUAACUCGACCAAAGUCUCCAAAUCUAACUCGAAGGAAAAGCUGCGGUGAUGCGACGAUGAGCAUAGGCCUAGAGGAGAAGGGAAGAGGAUGCGCACGAGCGCAGCGCCUUAGCUACGGUAGUCACAAAUUUGAAUCAGCUAACGGCAUACCGUGCAGAAAUAAAGCGCAAGCCAAUGGGCAUUGCUACAGUAAUGAAAAUUUUAAACAUCGAAACCACGUGAAGCAGCAUGAUAAAGAGACGAGAAAAACGACUCUUGCAACGACCGAUCCGCUCAAAAGUAAUGUAUGUAUCCCGAUUCACUCAUGAACAUCUACUUUUUAUCUAAUGUGAGCUG